AUGUAUCAUAUAUUCUUAGUCUAUGUCUUAUUAACCGGUGGAUUGAAAUGGCGAAUUUAUUUUAAUGAUGAUAACCAAUUAGCUUAUAAUCUAGAUCAUUGUCAAUACAAAACCUAUUCAGAUGAAUUCCCAUCUUCUUCACCAUCUUCAGAUAAUGGAUCAAUAAUGAAUCGUGAUCUUUCAAAAUCUUCAACAUUGUUUACAUUGAAUCAACCAUCUAAUAAUAAUAAUAAUAAUCAUACUCAAUCAUAUUAUAAUACAACAAUAAUAAAUCCAACUGAAUCAAGUCUAUAUCAUGAUGAAUCAGUUUUAAAUCAUUGUCAUGAUGAUAGUUUCAAUAAUAAAGUCAACAGCUUACAUAAUAAUGAUAAUAAUGACAAUACUACUACUAAUACUACUAUUAAUACUACUAAUAAUCGUCCAACAAUCAAUUCUAUUAUAACAAGUCCAAUAUUAUCAAAUUUUUCUAAUUCAUCAUCAUCAUGUUUAAGUCUGACAAAUUUACAUGAAAAACGUAAACAACGUAGAAUUCGUACAACAUUUACUAGUUUACAAUUGAAAGAACUUGAAAAAGCAUUUCAAGAGACACAUUAUCCUGAUAUUUAUACUAGAGAAGAUUUAGCAUUAAGAAUCGAUCUUACUGAAGCUAGAGUUCAGGUUUGGUUUCAAAAUCGACGUGCAAAAUUUCGUAAAACUGAACGUGUUAUUCAACCAGAUACUACAACAAUCACAUCAUCAUCACCAUCAUCAACAACAACAACAAUAAAUAUAAACAAUAUUGAACAUACUAAUCCAUCCUUAUCAUCAACUAUUCAACACACAUCAACGGAUCAUUCAAUGCAUAAUACAAAAUUACAUUCAACUACUUUAUUAGAUCAUCAAGAGAAACUUCACAAAGUAAUUGAUCCUUACAAUUCGAUUGAUAAACAUGAAACAAUCAAUACUGAUGAUGUAAUGAUGAAUAGAAAUAAAGAAAUGGAUUAUCUACCCCUAUCAUCCACCUCACCAUUAUCCUAUAAUUCACAAGAUGAAUUAAAUUAUACUAAAGAAAUGUAUGAAACAUUUAAAAAAUCGGAACAAAUUCAAUUCACAAAUGAAUUUUAUCCAUCAUCAUUUAAAGAUUCCCUAUUUUCAGUAAUACAAAAAUCAAGUUCAAUAAUACCAAAUCAAUCAUAUAGAGAUUGGUCAACUACUUAUCCAUUGAAAGAUAAUGAUUCUAUAAAUAGUAAUAUCGUUAAUAAUGAUGCUACUACUACUACUACUAAUAAUAAUAAUAAUAAUAGUAAUAUACAUCCUUUAUAUAAACUUACACAAACAUGUAGACAAGUAGAUAGAUUAUUAGUUGGUGGAACAUAUGAUACAACAUCAAGUACAUUACAUAAGAAAAUGUCAGAUAAACAACAAAAAAAAUGA